AUGCAAGCGCUGGGACAACAGUCUCGAGUGGCGCGGAAAGUCCGUGCGUACUUGACGAAAACAAAGCUUGGUCUGCUGUUUGGGUGCCGCCGCCGUGCCCACAUCCAGACAGAGCAUGGUGAGGCAUUGCAUGCUGUUCAUUGUACGGCACGCAAGCAGCUGCUGAUAUGGCUGCGCGACAAAUGGGCUGCGCAGCGAAUGGCCGCUCGGAAUGAGCACGGACACGCCAAGCGGCAGCGGUGGAGAGCUUCAUUUGCACAAGCCGACAGGCCGCAGAUUUUGCGCGACAUGUUGCCGCAAAUUCCUGUGAAGUUUGCACGUGCUGCACGUGACCUACUGGCAGGGUGGCAUGUCGAAGAGCCGAUUGUCAACGAGCCAUCGCCGCAAGCAUACAAGGGCACUGGUACUAUGUUCCGAUACAGUGGCUCCUUUAGCAUGAUUGAGCAUCAACCUUCCUUGGACCUGCUUGCGGCAGGACCAUCUGUCGACAUUGAUCUGCUCAGUGCCGGCCUACGACGAAACGCACCGCAGGUGCUUGCCAUUUGGGAUGACUUUCAAAGUUGGAUGACCGAGCUCGGCAACAAGUACCGCUUUGAACGGGUCAGCACCGCCCUGGAGCUCCACACAGAGGUGACGCUGCAACGCAGAGUGCCUUCCAUUCACUUGCACAUGAUGUUUGACACCCGCGACUCGGCAGCAAUGCGGGCUCUAGCACCGUACCUUCCUGGCCCAUGCACCCGCAUGUUGCGGCCAGGGCGACAAGUGCAUCUGUCUGGACAAAGUUUGGCAUUUCGUGGGUGCAAGCCGCACAUCUCCUUGGAUUCCUCGCAGGCUCGUGGGCGGUCAGUCCGUCGUGCACUGGAUCAAGGGCACUUUUAUCUCCAAGUGGAGAAGAAAGGGUCCAUUUUUCGCCAGACCACUUGCCCAGCAUACCAGACUUUCACAGUGAGCCCCGACUGGGUGACUGGACUUUGGCAGGGGGAUAAGAUUAACAAGGAGUGUGCCGAGCAGCACUACGUCCAAUGCAAGCGCAACAUUCGUGCUUACUGUGAGAACCUGAAGUACCAUGGCCAGAAACAACGGGAGCUGUACAUUCAGCAGCAGCAGGCUGCUGCAGCAGAGCUCUUGCGCCCACUGCAGAAAGAGCCAGUGGAACUACCAGAAGUGACGCAGCUGUUCUUGCCACAGUUCACGCGGCCUAUGCAUCGCCGAAAAUUCUUGGUGCUGAAUGGCCCAACGCGCCUGGGGAAGACUGUCUAUGCACGGUCUCUCUUUGGCGCAGAUCACACGUAUGAAACCAAUUGUUCCGGGGUGUUGGAGCCCGACAUGAGGGAAUAUGAUGUGCUACGGCACCGGUGUGUGGUGUUUGAUGAAGCUAGUGUCCAUCUUGUCUUGAAGCACAAAAAAUUGUUUCAGGCGCCGCCUGCCGAAAUUUCACUUGGGCACUCGGCGACAGGCAUGUAUGUUUAUCGCAUCUGGGUUUGGAAUGUCGCUCUCAUUGUCACAUCCAAUGUCUGGACCACCGAACUGGAGCAGCUCGCUGCAGAAGAUCGGGAAUGGCUAGAAGGGAAUGCGAUUCUCAUUCAGUGUAGCCAGCCCUUAUACAGACAAGACUGA